AGCGAGUGUUGUCUCAUCACCAUUUCAUCGAUACGAGUUUAUAAAUCUUUAAGUGUUUUCUCUAAGUACAAUUUGGGAUAUUCAAACGAAGAAUCAAUCAAAAGAUGGAAGGUAAAACUGUGAUUUUAAGUAUGAUUAUAAUGAGUCUUGUCAUGGCGCAGAUUCAAGUCGAAGCUAAGAGUUGUUGCCCGAACACGGCUCCUAGAAACUGUUACAAUGGAUGCCGUAUUCCAGGGACUGCUAAGGGAACUUGUGCAAUACUCUGUGGAUGCAAACUUAUCGAGGGAACAACAUGUCCUCCGGGAUAUACACAUGACAUUCUCGAAAACUCUGGUGAUGUUGUCAACGAAUACUGUAAGUUGGGGUGUGUGUCCUCUGUGUGUGGUGCCUUAACCACUCUCCAGAACUUAGAUCCAAGUGAAAUUGUGAAUGGAGCGGUUGUACAAUGCACCAAGUCAUGUUCUAAUAUCUGCACCAAGGGAUCAGCUAAGGAAGUUGAAAUUGUCUAAUUUACAAGCAUAUCCACGAUCUAUGUGUUGUCGUUUUCCUUGUUUUCAAUAAUUGUUAUUGUCGUGUGUAUGCGACAAAAAAUGCUAGACUCUUGAGCUAGCUUCUACUAUUUCCAGGUUUUCUAUCUAACGUAGAAGAAGGUCACCAAUCCCUAGAUUGCUCACCCCUUCUACUUGCAACUAUCUAAAUAAAGAAUAAUUGUGUC